AUGGUAUUUGAUUCGGAAGACAGCUCAAAGUGUGCUCAGGUAUUCAUGGUCUGUUGGACCAUAUGGAGAGCAAGAAACGAUUUAGUCUGGAACCAGAAGUAUACAAAGGUUGGUAGAAUAGUUGCAGAAGCUAUGCAACACCUUACACAAUGGAAUAUUGCCCAGAGUAGGUGGUCACAGGCCAGUCUCCGUCCAGAUGUUGAAGGAGAUGGUGCUUCCGUUUGGGCUCGUCCUUUACCAAACAAAGUUAAGGUGUCUGUUGAUGCAGCUGUUUUCAAUGACCGGGAUGCAGUUGGUUUUGGAUUGAUAGCGAGAGGAACUGAUGGCCGGCUUAUCACAGCAAAGUCCAUAGUGCACCCCCAUCUGGUGUCUCCUGUCACUGCGGAGGCAAUGGCAAUCAAGGAAGCUUUAAGCUGGAUUGAUGAUAUGCAGUGGCCACACGUCACAGUGGAGUCCGACUGCUUAGUGGUAGUACAGGCCAUUCGCAGUAAAACUCCAAUGAGGUCACAUCUUGGAGGAAUUAUUGAGGAGUGUCGUAGGUUAUUGACACAGUUUCACAAAGUUUCUUUGUUUUUUGUUAAACGAUCUGCGAAUAUGGUUGCUCAUCAGUUAGCUCGAGAAUCAUAUGAUUACCCAGGUCGUAGCUUUGACAGGUGUUCUGUCCCUGUUUCUAUUCAAAAUUGUAUUGAGUUGGAUUUGAAGUAA